UCAUGGUCUUAUGAUGCUGUCAGUCCAUAUGAUGCGUCCUCGCAUUGAUUCCCAUCUAUUCUAGUAAUUUCUCCCCUCCACUCCUUUUGUGAAGAGAAAGAGAGUCUUGUGAAGAGACAAUGAGGCCGAUGCAGAUGGAGUACUUCGGCGACAUGGAUGAUCAAGGAUCGACAGUUGCGAUGGACGUGGACGACGUAGAUCCACUCGAUAUAUUCGGAGAAGGCGUCAUCUCCAUGGAAAGCAAGCUCGUGGACGCCGACUUCUUCAAUAAGUUUGAGGACGAUUUCGAUGACACCGACAUCAACUAAUUCUACUCCGCUAAAAUGGCAUCGUUUUCGAUCACUGAGUUAGGGUUUUCUUUUUGUUUCCUAUGUGAAAACUGCCGUGUAUCAUAAUGGGAAUGAAUAUUGAGUUGAGCUAAGAUUUUUGGGGUGAA